AUGCGCUGGGAAAGAAGACUGGAAACGCGUGAUGACAUUGCUCACAUUGACCAUAAUGAUACAUUCAAUCCCAUCACAUUGACCAUUUCAAAUCAGAUGCAUGUUGAUGGCACUGGAAACCUGACUGACAUGAUUUUCGCCUGGCAUCAGGAGCAUGACAUGCGCGCUGCACUUCUGACUGCGCCACCGUGUCUUUGCCUGCACAUCGAUCGUUUUCAUCAAGAUCCAACAGGAGAGAUCACGAAGAGUUCAUGCGAUCUGACACUGGAAGCUGAAGUUUUGCUGCCUGUUUUCACCAAUGCUGGCAUACAGGUUGACACAGUAGGAUAUAUUCCAGUUGCUGGAGCUGCACACAUGGGCUCGGACCUUGCGGGACAUUGCCAAUCCAUCUUGCGUAUGCAACCCACAGUUGUGACUCACAUUGGACCAGCUGCCUGGAUGCUCACCAAUGAUGAUGCGCCACCACAACCAGUUUGGAAGCAGCCAGACUGGGUCAGGCAAAACUUGGUGAUGAUCUGGCUUGUUCGAACAGAUUGCAUGCGGCUGCCAACAUAUGUGACUCCUAUGGCCACUUGUGCAAGCCCUGACAUUGCCCAGCAGAAUGAUGACAGGCGCGCCACACUCACUGUGGAUUGCGCGCCGAUGGACACCUCAGUGCCUGCCAUGCAACCAGAAGGUCCCUCCAAUCUUGGACCACCUGAUGCGAACGAAAAGAAUGACACUCUGAUGGCUGCCGCAUCUGAGACCUUGCGACCAUCGGAGACCAACCAAAAUGCAGACUUGCUGACACUUCUGCAAGCACAGCAGGGCCUUGACAAGAUUCCAAUCUUUGGAACCAACGACACCAGACUCGUUGAAGGCUGGCACAGACCUUUGAGCUAUGCAGAAAAGGCGUUGGACUUCAUGGAGCGUUGGUUUCAGGGCGAGGAGGCCGAAGGAGGGCUUCAGCGCUUGCCUCCACAUGUGCGACAAGAAUUGAGGACGUUCUUCAACAUCGCCAUCAAGGAAGCUGGGAACUCCGCAAACAUGACGAAGAGCGUAGAAUGGUACGAGCGCAUGCGAGCUGCCAAGAUUACGCCAAAUGCAAGGACCUUUGGCAAGCUCAUUGCUUCAGCGGCAAAAGCUGGUCUCGUUGAUGAAGCGGCGAGUUGGUUGGAAGCGAUGGCAGACGAGGGCCUCGAAGCUGGGAUGGUGCCAUACUGCUCGAUGAUCACAGCCUGUGCCAAGGCCAAGGAUAUUCCACGAGCGGAGCGCUGGUUUCAGCAAGCAUUGCAGAGCGGACUCAAGCCAGACUUGAUGAUGUAUGGUCCAAUCAUAGAUGGCUGGGCUGCCCUUGGUGAUGGCGAUGAAGCAGCAAAGUGGUUGUCUCAAGCUGAAGCAGAAGGCAUCGAACUCAACAUGAUCUUAUACAAUGCUGUCAUCAAAGGCUAUUGCCGUCAAGGCAAACUGGACGCUGCCAAAGAAUGGUUGCAGCGUGCGAAGGCCUCUGGCAACAGCCCCGACCUGACCUCUUACAACACAAUCAUCAUUUUUUUUGCGGAGAAAGGCGACGAGAACGCUGCGAAGGAGUGGCUACACCAGAUCUCUUCAUCUGGCUUGAAGCCUGACUCUGUCUCUUACAAUUCCUUGAUCAAGGCGGCAGUGGUAGCUGGCCACCUGGACCAUACGAAAGACUACUUGGAAGAAAUGGAGUCUCACAAGCUGAACCCCUCAGCAUUGACAUACGGAACUUUGGUCUCAGCCUAUGCGGACUCCGGUGAUGUCCAAAAUGCCCAAAGGUGGUAUGACAAGGCAUAG